AUGGAAGAAGUGGUUGUUGUACCUGAAUGUUCCGCCGCGAUGAAGCCUGUUGUAGGUCAGAAAUUCCAAUCAUUGGAUUUCGCUUUUGCUUUCUACGACAUAUAUGCCCGUGCAGUUGGCUUCGAUACGCGCAAACAAGCUAUGAGGAAGGUUGAUGAUGUCACGACCUGGUAUCAAGUUGUAUGCAACAGGGAAGGAAGGAAAAAGGGUGGUGUGGAUGACCAGCUGAAUGCUCGUUCUGGUUUCACUAUCAAGCGUAGGAAGUUAUCUAAGCGGUGUGGUUGCACGGCUAGUAUAUCCUUCAGGUUUUUCUCGGAAGAUGGCUCGUCGGGAUACAUAAUUCACGAGUUCAAUGAGAUUCAUAACCAUCACAUGGUUGAGACGGAACAUCAGCAAUUCAUGUCUAGUAAUCGCAAGUUGGAUGAUGUUCAUCAUAAAUUUAUCCUCGACUGUUCAAGGGCGAAUAUAGGACCCACGCUUACAUUUAAGGUAUUGAAGGAGAUUCUUGGUGGGUUCGAACUGGCUGGUUGCACGGUUGGGGAUAUCAGGAAUGCCUCACGGGACAUCAAAGAAUAUGCACAAGGAUAUGAUGUACAAAUGGUGUUGGAUGACAUGGCGAGGAAGAAGGAGAUUUCCGAGGCUUACACCUAUCACUACGAAGUUAACGAAUCUGACCAGUUGGUUGCUUUGUUUUGGUGCGACGGUGUAAUGAAGAGAAAUUACCACAUGUUUGGUGAUAUUGUGUCCUUCGACUCCACGUACUGUAUGAUCUUCACUCCUUUCACUGGAAAGGAUAAUCAUGGUAGUCCUGUGACAUUUGCGGCGGGGUUGGUUUGCAGCGAGAAAACAGGGGCUUUUGCUUGGCUGUUCAGACAUUUUGUAGAUUGUAUGGGUGUAGCACCCAGGAUGAUUGUGACCGAUCAAGAUUUGGGUAUGCGAUCAGCGAUUGAAGAGGGAGUACAUCAUCAGCUAGAGGACGUCGAAUGGUUCAAAACAUUGUAUACAUAUAGGGAGUACUGGAUACCGGCGUACUUCAGGGAUUUUCCCAUGGGAUCGAUGAUUCGGACUACGUCCAUAUCUGAAUCAGAGAACAGUUUCUACAAAAAUUUUCUGAAGCCCCGAGGAAAUAUAGCCGAAUUCUACAUGAAUUUCAACCACGCUAUAGAAUUCCAGCGGAACAGUAGGACAGCUUUGGACUACCACGAUGCCACUUCCAUACCCAUACUCGCAACUACUCUUCCGUUUGAGAAACAUGCUUCCACAUUAUUUACCGACAGUAUGUUCAGGAAAAUACAAGAAGAAAUUGUGGAGGGUAAUGACAGAUGUCGUGUGCUGAGUUUUAUGUCCGGAGAAUCUGUUGACACAUACAAGCUUGGCGACAGCAAGCGCAAUGCAUAUUUUGUUCGUCAUGACAAGACGGAUGAUACUUACUUUUGCGAAUGCAAACUUUUUGGUCGUCAUGGUUAUUUGUGCAGUCAUAUAUUUUUCUUGUUUCGGAACAAUGAGGUGAAAAAGAUCCCGGACAAAUACUGUGAAAGCCGAUGGAUGAAGACUCCUUUAGCCAAGGCUGUACACGGGGAGUUUCAUGAUCCAGUGCUUACCCACUCAUCCGCUGACGAUAGGCAAACUGUGUCCAAGCAGGCGAUUUCGAUGUUUUAUGGUUUUCUUAGACAGUUUGAGACCGACAUCGAUGCUUUACGGGCAUUUAUAGCUGGCAUCGAAGAACUUGGCAACUCGCUUCAAACUGGUACUCCGGCAACCUCAGUCGCUGAGAAGAGGCGUAUGGUUGAAGAGUUUUAUGGAAUGGUAAGGCCUGAAUCUGUUGCGGUGCAUCCUCCCGAUGUUGUGAAGACGAAGGGCCACGCCAGCAGCUCGGCAAGCCGUCUUAUUUCAAAAAGAGAGAAGGCUAUAAAGGAUGCGUCUAGGCCUCCUAGACAGUGUAAGGCUUGCCAUGAGGUGAGUCAUCACGACUCUAGGAACUGUCCUAUGCUUAAAGAGAUGAGGAUGGAGAAAGAUGCUCGCAAAGGGAAAAGUCUAGCCUGA